GAAGAAAACAAUUUAAUUAUUUUUUAAAAUUUAAAUAAACCCACAUAAAAAAAAAUCUUGGUUUCUAAAAAGCAAUCACACAAUACUAGUUAAACUCAACUUCCAGGUCUUCCCUGUACGCUAUCCAUCUCUUCUCUCUCUGUGUUUGCAGAAAUUACCAACAAACACCUUUUCCUCCUUUUUCUCUCUCCUCCUUUUCAGCAUGCUAUCUUCUUCUUCUUUCUUUUACCACGAUAAAUUUCAUUCUUUUUCUAUUAAAUUUCCCAACUAAAUAAAAGAGGGGGAAAUCAAUCCUAAAUCAAUCAAAUUUAAACCCAAAAAAAUUAAAAAAAUCAAAGUACCCAGUUCAGUUGUACGAAAAAUCCAGUGAAGAGAAUAAUAAUUUCUGUGUUUUUAAACAAAUGGGGUUUUUGAUUGAUCACUGAUCUCAAAAGGGUAAUCGGAUAAUAAAAUACCCAGAAAAAAAAAAGGAUGGAUUUUGAUGCAGGAACUUCAAGGUGUCGUAUUGUUGGGGAUUAUAUAAUCGGGCCUAAAAUUGGGUCGGGUUCAUUCGCAGUGGUUUGGAAGUCAAAACAUCGUCAUCUGGGUACUGAAUUUGCAAUCAAAGAGAUUGAUAAGAAGCAUUUUAAUGAUAAUUUGAGGAAGGAGAUUUCUAUUCUUAGAAACAUUACUCAUCCUAAUAUAAUUCGCCUUUUUGAAGCCAUUGAGACAGAGGAAAGGAUAUACUUGGUAUUGGAGUAUUGCGAUGGUGGUGACCUUGGAGCUUACAUUCAUAGGCAUGGUAGAGUUACUGAAGAUUCUGCUAGGCACUUCAUCAAACAGCUGGCUGCAGGAUUGCAAGUGCUUCGUGAGAACAAUCUUAUUCAUAGAGACCUAAAACCCCAGAACUUAUUGUUAUCUGGUAGGGAGGCAAAUCCGUUGCUGAAGAUAGGUGACUUUGGCUUUGCUAGAUAUUUGACUCAACAAGGCUUGGCUGAUACACUUUGUGGUUCACCAUUGUAUAUGGCGCCUGAGAUCAUUCAGAAUCAGAAAUAUGAUGCUAAAGCUGACUUAUGGAGUGUUGGAGCAAUUUGUUAUCAGCUGGUGAUUGGAAAACCACCAUUUGAUGGAAAUAGUCAGCUGCAGCUUUUCCAAAAUAUUUUGAGAUCGACUGAACUGCGAUUUCCAGAGGGUGCCCUGCAGGUACUGCAUCCUGACUAUGUGGAGUUCUGCAGAAGCCUUUUGCGUAAAAAUCCAGUUGAACGCCUAACAUUUGAGGAGUUCUUUAAUCACAAAUUCUUGAUGGGCCCCAGGAUCGAAGUCAAUGCAGAAUUGUCUUCUCAGAUCUCUCAAAUUGAAUCUCUGAAUAUAGCUGAUGAUCAGGGUCCUCAAUUGCAUCAUGAAGAUGAAAAGCUGUCUGAGGAGAAAAUAAAUCAGAGUUCUGUAUACAGUGAGAAAAGAGAAUUAGAGAAAGGUCAUUUUGGUACAUCUCGUGUCAGAAGUGUCUAUGGGGUUGUGCCUGAUAUUACUACUGACAAAAGUAGGCACUCUGAUGAGUAUGGCUCUCAGUCACUAAGUCAGACUCGAGUUGCUUAUUCAUUGGAUUCUAUCGAAGGAGAGUAUGUUCUAGUUCAUUCUAAUUUUGCUUCAAUGGAAAUCCUCACUUCUUCUCUGGGAACUUCCCUGAAAAAAGGUUCAGCUACUAAAGCUUGCAACUUAGCACCAACAUAUAAUGACAAGCAAUUGCCUACCAUGCCAGAGAUGAACGAACUGACUCCCAAACUUGUUGGUGGCUCUGAUAAUACUUUACAGAGUGAAAGGAAUUCAUUAACUGCAAGUGGUCCGCCUUCCAUAUUACGGGAAGCACAGGACCUACCCAUACUACAUCCUUCAACGAGGUUGCAACUUAUACACCAGUAUGUGUGUGUUCUAUCAGAUCUUGCACGAGAGAAGUUAAAUGCAGGCGUCUUUUUGGAAUCAUUUUCAGUUGAAUUGGUUGUUUUGGCUCUAUGGAAUAAAGCAUUACGAAAUUGUAACUCUUGGCUGCUGCAAAGUGAUCUUUCCCAGAGCUCUUCUGCAAAUGAAUCUGGCAAGGGAGCAGGUUCUUCCUCAAAAGCAAAAGACACUAUAGACUUCACGAAUCCUUCAUCAGUGACUGUCUGGGCUGAGCAAGGCUUUAUUGGUGCAUAUGAUGGAACAGAGAAGCUAUCAAAGUAUUUACAGGAUGUAGAUGGCGCUGCUGAGAUGCCUGAUGCUAUGGAGGUUAUAUAUCAGACUGCUAUUGCUGCUGGGAAAGAUGGAGCUGCAGAUGAAUUUGUCGGGAAUCGAGAUAGCGCUGCAGUGUUGUACUCCAGAGCUCUGCUUUUGUUUUCAUUCAUUGUCACGGAAGCUCCAUCGUUGCCACUGAGUCCUCCAUUUUCCUUAGCUCCGGACUGUAAGCAGCGGAUCCUUAAAUAUAUUAAGAGCUUGGAGUAUCAUCUGAGUCACUUCCAGAUAUCCCAGCCUUCUGUGAAGCAGCUGCCAGGCUUCGGUCAUAAGUAAAUACAAGAAACUGUACAGAAUUUCGUAGAAUAACAUUUGAUGGUGGCUGACUGCUAACAUUAUUCCCAAAAGCCAUGACAAGGCCGGCUGUGGAGUAAAAAAAAAUUGGCAAUACCUUACACAAGAGAUGACAAAUUUUUGCUAUGUGCUUGAUUAAGAUUAAAAUACAGACUUCUUUGUAAUUAGAGUAAAUCCUAGGAGAGCAUGUACAUAUGACUGUAUUCUUUAUCUGGAUUGUAAAUAUCAGCACUUCAGCAGUGUUGCGUGUACAGAAUAUUUCCAUGAAAGUAUGGAUGUUUUUGAAUUUGCUGUUGACUUGCCUUGGUGGUAUGACGCGUCUGUGUAGUGUGUACUA